UUAGUUUCUUUCAACAUUAUAUGGUCACCAACCAGUAACGUAUCAGUAUCACAACCUUACUCUCGCAAACCCUCAAAACCCUAAUUAACCCCUCCUUCUUCCCCACCGCCGCUACCAUGGCGGAGCUCAAACUCUCCGAGAGCCGCGACCUUACCCGUAUCGAACGAGUGGGCGCGCACUCCCACAUUCGCGGUCUCGGCCUCGACUCCUCCCUCGAGCCACGCGCCGUCUCCGAGGGCAUGGUUGGUCAGACCGCCGCGCGCAAGGCGGCCGGCGUCAUCCUACGCAUGAUUAAAGAUGGAAAGAUUGCCGGCCGCGCGGUUCUACUCGCCGGCCAGCCCGGCACCGGCAAGACCGCCAUCGCCAUGGGCAUGGCCAAGUCCCUCGGCCUCGAAACCCCCUUUGCCAUGAUCGCAGCCAGUGAAAUCUUCUCCCUCGAGAUGUCCAAGACUGAGGCGCUCACCCAGGCCUUCCGUAAGGCCAUCGGCGUGCGCAUCAAGGAGGAGACCGAGGUUAUCGAGGGCGAGGUCGUCGAGGUCCAUAUCGACCGCCCCGCAGAUGCCGGCGCCGCCUCCAAGACCGGGAAACUCACGCUGAAAACCACCGAAAUGGAGACCGUUUACGACCUCGGCGCGAAGAUGAUUGAGGCGCUGGGGAAGGAGAAGGUGACCAGUGGCGAUGUUAUUGCGAUUGAUAAGGCCACCGGGAAGAUUACCAAGCUCGGGAGGUCCUUUUCUAGGUCAAGGGACUUCGACGCUAUGGGGCCGCAGGUGAAGUUCGUGCAGUGCCCUGAUGGGGAGUUGCAGAAGAGAAAGGAGGUCGUGCAUUGCGUCACCCUUCAUGAGAUUGAUGUUAUCAAUAGCAGGUUGCUCACAUUUCCUUUUUUCUUUUUCCUGGUUUUUCAGAAUUUCUUGUUCUGGUUAAAUAGUUGUAGUUAGGGUUGGCUAUGAACUGAACCAAUUUGAAAUUUGAUCGAAAAUCCAUUUGUUGAACUUUGUUUAUGAACUAAAUAAGCUGAACUUGUGUUUAAAAUUGAGUUACCUAACUAAAGGAGCUAAAUUUGAGUUUUGUAUAUCCAUAGAUACAUAUAUGAGUUGUUCACCAGCUUGAAUCGAGUCAAGCGAUAUGGAAAAGAGGUCUCAUAUUGAGUUAGAGCUGAGCUACGUGCCGAACGAAUUCUUAUGAAGUUGGGUUAAACUUGACUUGAAUCAUUUUCAACCCUAGUUAAAUUAAUGGUUUUAUUUCUUUAUGUUGUGAAAAAUUAAGGGCAUAUGUGGCUACAAUUGCAGUCGCACCCAAAAGCCCAAUUCUAAUCAAGUUGGGUUCAACUUGACUCACUCAUUUUCAACCCAGUCAAUAUUUUAUUUCUUAAUGUCGUGAAAAAUUAAAGGCAAAUGUAGUUACAAUUGUUGUUGCAAUCGGGUUUUGGAUGUGGCCAAGAAAACUCCCUGCU